AUGCCAUGUGCUAGAGCGGCGAGGCAGUGGGAGAUCAGGCCCACGUCUGCUCUGCGGGGGAUCAGACGCACCAGGGCCCUGAUGUGGCAGCGGAUUCGGGGGCUGGCCCGGUCCUGCCGGCACGGCGCCGGGUACCCGGUCAACUACAACGACCCGAACCGAGAGGAGCAGGAGAUGGUGUGCCUUGAGCCCAUGGGAUCAGAGCGGAUGGAGAUGCGAAAGAGGCAGAUGUCGGUGCAGCAGGAGUCGGCAGCGGGGGGAACUGCACCGGCCCAGCAGGACCAGCCGGGCCAGGCCAACCCACGGGGCUCCAAUGCAUGUUGCUUCUGCUGGUGCUGCUGCUGUAGCUGCUCCUGGAACGAAGACCGGGAUGAAAGGAACCGGAAGGCAUCAUAUGACGUCAAGGAAGGGACCGCAGACUGUGAAGACUGUCCUAAGCCCACGCUGGAGGAGGUGCGCUCGUGGGGGCAGUCGUUUGACAAGCUGAUGUGCUGCCCGGCGGGGAGGAACUCUUUCCGGCAGUUUCUUCGCACCGAGUUCAGCGAGGAGAACAUGCUCUUCUGGCUGGCCUGCGAGGAGUUCUGCAAAGAGACCAACAAGAGCGGCAUCGAGGAGAAGGCCCGGGUCAUCUACGAGGACUACAUCUCCAUUCUCUCACCCAAAGAGGUGAGCCUGGACUCCCGCGUGCGCGAGGCGAUCAACAGGAACAUGCUGGAGCCCACCUCGCACACGUUCGACGACGCCCAGCUGCAGAUCUACACACUGAUGCAAAGAGACUCGUAUCCCCGCUACAUGAACUCCCCAGCCUACAAAAACCUGCUCAACACUCUGUCGGAGCAGUCCCCCGAAUCCUAG